CUCGUGUUUAAUGGCGAGAUACCGAAGCAGCGGAGCUCACGACAAGCAUGGCGAGUGUAGCCCGGACAAGUCGACGAUAUGGCUUUGCGUGUCUUCCAUGUCGCCGCAAGAAGUCCCGCUGCGACGGCAACAAGCCGCACUGCCGCAAUUGCGUCCGGUCGGGAGAAGACUGUGCCUACAAGGCGACCGACGCCCUCGUGGCGGAGCUGUACAACCAGCUCCAGCACUCCGAGGCACGCGUGAGAGAGCUUGAAGAUGGCCUCCGCAAGCUGGCCGUCCUCGAUCUCACUAGUGACGACAGCUUCAACCUGAUAUCGAGCCUCGUCGAGACUGAGACGCAAUGGAGCGGACCAUCUCCUCCAGCGACGGUUGGGUCAGGGCCAGUGAUUGAUCAACAGGCCGCCGAAUCAUCGCCUGGCAAGGAUCAGCUGCAGCAAGCAGAGCUCAGCUUAGAUGAGCACGGCCAGGUGCAGUAUUUCGGAGCAACGUCCCGCUUCCUCUGGCACGAAGAACCCAGCCUCGGCGACUCCAACGCCCAGCCACAGACAGACGAAGACUACCACCGGAAGUGGCUCCUCUCCAACUCGAGAUUCUACGCCUCCUGGGAGCAGCGAGCGUACGCGAGUCUCGCACUCGACCCCGAAGUCAGCGCCGAGGCUGCCACCGCACUCCUGCAGAUGUACUGGACGUGGCAGGGCCCCUUGCACAACUGCGUCUACAAGCCCUGCUUCUUCCGCGACAUGGCUCUCGGCGGGCCGUACUUUUCGCCGUUUCUGCUCAACGUCAUCUACGCGCACGCGUGCCGCCAUGUCAAGGCGGACGAUGCUCGCUUCGCCGGCUUCGACCGCGGCGAGUACUUCCUCGCCAAGGCGAAGCUGCUGCUCUUGAAUGAGUUUAACCGCGAGAAGCCUCGCGUGCCUACCAUACAGGGUCUUUUGAUCCUCGGCGGUCGGCAGUGCGCCGUUGGCAAGAGCAGCGAGGGAUGGCUGUACACUGGCAUGGCCAUCAGGAUGAUCAAAGACCUCGGUCUGCAUCUCCGGAAACGACAUGUCAUACUGAUAGAAAAGCUAGAGCCGGAUGAUCUCGAAGCAUCGAAGCGUCUCUACCUGUCUGCAUAUGCGUGGGACAAGUCCCUCAGCCUCUGUUUAGGCCGGCCACCUUCACUGACCGAGCUUCCAUACGAUCCCAGCAGUAUACUGGAUCGAGCUGGCGACGAAGCCGUCUGGCGCCCUCUCUACCUCGCCGAGAUCGAAAACGAAUAUCCUGGAACAGAGGCCCUCAGCUCAUUGACGUUUUCAUGGUUCUGCCGGUUAUCUAUACUUGUAAACGAUUUGUACAACACAGUCUACAACAGCCGAGCGAAUGAACUCCAAGUCCAAAAGAUUGUAGCGCUGGAAGAGAGACUCCGCGGGUUCUAUACAGACCUCCCUGAGGUUUUGCGGAUCAGCGAUGUGGCAUCACUCGCGUUUUGUCCACCGCCUCACAUCAUGUGCUUGAACAUUCUAUACCACACGGUCCUACUCCUCCUAUAUCGGCCAUUUUUCCCCUGGUCAAACGAUGCAAGACUCAGUCGAAACUCGAUUGCAAUCCGGGCGAAAGCUGUCUGCGCCGAGGAAGCCAUAUUAGUCAACGACUUCUUCCGGGCAUAUGGCAAGACAUUCAAGUUUCAGAACCAAAGCUAUUUGAUAUCCUACUGCGUCUACACGGCUGCAACAAUCGAGCUACGGCAGAUUGACGAUCCCGACGAGAGGAUAUCCGCGAUGGCGGUCGACCGUCUGGCCACCACCUUGAAUAUGCUAGAGACAGAGGCCCGACAAACGCCAGGCGUAAGAAGGAGCUUAGAUAUCAUCAAACUCCGUCUAGAAUCUCGCGCGGCGGCGAGGACCGGCACUCGGCAUUCAGGUCGAAUAUCAGCGGCGAAACGCAAGGAUGCAGCUCUGCCGCCUCCAGGCGAUAGCGUAGACAUGGCCAGUGGCAUCCCGGCGGACUCGGACAUGGACAUGAACUUUCCAAUGGAAUGGAUAGAUUGGGAAAAUAUGAACCCCAGCGGCGACUUUGUUCCUGGGAUAGAAAGCUGGGCAUGGUAAAUUGCUCGGGCUACCAUGUACUGGUUGUUCGGUAGAAAAGCAUUAAUUUUUGAAUUUACACAAUAUGUUUACGCUCUGUUGUCUUCAUAUAGUCAUGGUCAUUCCAGG